CUGUUUCAAAAUUGGUAACCAUCAUGCUUAUUUUUGAAAAUUGUUUUUAAACGAUGUUUUCUCAUUUUUUAUUGAUGAUUCAUAUCUCCUCUUUCAUGAAGUAUAAGUAUCCAUUCAAUUUUUACAACUUUUCUUGAAUUUUUCGCAAAUUUUAUAACGUGAUGCAAAUUUGAAAGCAUGUCGGACGGAAUUCUUUCUCUGAAAUUAAAUGGUCCUAGGUAACACUUAAUAUCUUUGUUUUGAAACUGCAUGUUUAUAAAUAUUAACAUAUAUAUCAAUCAUCCUUUUUAUACAUUAACUGGAAUCAUAUAUGUAGACAUGAAUGAUUCCUGCAAUUUUAGAAAAGGUAACUCAAAAUUUUCCGUCCGACAUGCAAAAAAUUUCCAAGAAGUUUUCCCUCAGAAAAACAAUUGACAAUUUUAUAGAUUUUUCCCAGCCAAGUAUCAAUGAAUUGAUUGUAGUCUUAGAAUGAAUGAUGAUUUUUAAAAUUUACCUGCACCUAAGUAGGAAAAAAUAAGGAUAACUUUUUUUUCCAUCCGACAUGAAAGUGGCAUGUCGGACGGAAUCUAUUGAGAUAGCACAGAUUACACUUCUGUUCUGCAGCUUUCAGUGUACAAUAACCUCAUAUAUUACAGUUCAGAUUCUGGACACACACAAUACACAAACUUACACACAAUUAAACAGUACUUAGGUAUGGUAUUUUCCUGCAAUCUGAUUGGUCAGAAGUGAUGUACACUUUCAAUAUGUAAAGCACAUGGCUUUGGACAUUCCUCUUGCUUUCACCUUUCCAGUACUUGUGUUUACUGGCCAAGGUAGUGUCCUGUUUUACUGUAGAAAACUAACAUUAUGUAUUGCUUUAAGCAUUUUCUAAAUGAAUAGUAAGAAGUUUAAAACUCAGAGAUGCAUGUGGGAUACAAAAUUUGCCCAAAAUAUAGCUGAAGAAAAUGAUAAUCUACUUCAUAAGAUGCUCAUGUUUUUGGAUUGGGGAAGGGAGGACUCUGUGCACUUUAGCAACUCAGUGCAUGGGCUAUAGCCUAUGCACAAAUCUAUCAAGUGUCUUGUGGAAAGUUAAAAUAAUACUUGACUGCAAUAUUGUCUGCUUGUUUUACAAUUCAAUAUGAGAGUGCACUGUUUUACAUCUGAAUUUGUGAAUGAUAAUAAUAAUAGGGUAAAUAAUAAUGAUAAAAAUGAUAAAAAUAAUUUUUCAUAAUACCUGAAAUCAAUUUUUGUUUCUCAAUUUUUAUGAAACUGUAUCCCACAAUUUGUUAUAACAUCCUAAAAAUAAACCGUGAAAAUAGAAAAAAAUUCUGGAUGUGUGCAAAGAACUUAAAACUUAUUUAAUUUACCAUCCUGAUGAAUUUAUUUCGCGAAAAAGCUAUCGUGUUUUGGUUGUGAUUUUCAGAGUCCUUGAAGUUGCAAGAAUGUCGGAGCGUUCAAAAAAUGCAAUUAGAUGCAAAAAGUGGCGUGACUCCCUUGAUGCUCAAGAUCGAAAAGAAAAAGACAGAAAUCGAAAACGUCAAGAAAGACAAAAACUUAAACAAAACAAGGAAAAAUAUGAGUCUGCUCUUCUGAAAGACAAGUGUCGUAAGAGAAUGAAAGCAAGAAAUGCUUCCUUGUCUUCUAUCUCAACUAGUCAUCAGUCUGCAACUUCUGAUCCCACUUCUAACUCGUCUGCUUCCACUGCCAUCCAUGCUCCUAAUACAGCUAAUACAUCCUCUACAUUCUCUGCUUCUACUCCUGAGCCAGCAUGCACCACCAAACCAUCUACCCCACCAUCUAAAUCCAGUCCAUUCAGUACGAAGCAGUCUCUCUACAGGUGUAUGAAGAAAACACGCAGUAAUCUACCCAAAGAUUCCCAUCAGCGUGCCUAUUUGCUCUCUAAUCUCAUCUCCACAGAUUUGUCACCAAAUAAGAAGGACUUUGUUCUUGAGUCACUUCGUAGAAAAUGUAGCCCAUCGCAAAAAGGGCGCAAAAAAAUUCUUUCUCCUGACAGAGAGGAAUUUCUGCUUGGUUUUAUGCAGACACCUGGGAUAUCAUACACUAUGCCAGGUCAUCGAGACACAGUGUAUGUAGGCAUGGUAGAUGGGCAAAGGCAAUAUAAGCCUAAACACUACCUGCUCUGGCAUGUGCGUGAACUAACAGGCAUGCUGAAUCAAACAAAAGACCCUAAUGCUCUCCAUGAGUCUUUUAUUGACAAGUUUGGAAGUGAGAUAUCUUUCUCAUCUGUAUUCCGUUUCAUCAAGUCCCAGAAACACAUUCUUUAUCAAGCAGAGAUUCCCAGUGUCAGUUGUCUAUGUUCCAAGUGCGAGAACUUUGAAUUACUUGUGGAAGGUAUCAGAACGGCUUGUUCUAACAUUGAUAUUCCUCACUCAACUGAGGACAUUCUGAAGCUUUUCACAUGUGACAAAGGUUCCCGCACUUGUGCAUAUGGUGAGUGUAAUAAUUGUCCUUCACCAUGUCUUCAAAAGUUAGAGGAGGUAGAAGAAGUUCACUUCUACUCCUGGGAAACCCAUGAUGGGAAAAAAUACCCAGAGAAAUUACCCAAAACAGUCACAGGUGAAGAGGCUUCUACCUUACUGUUAGAACAGGUUGCCAAAAUCAAAGUGCACAUGUAUCUAAAGCAAAAGCAAUACAUCAGCUACCAAAAAACAAAAGGAGACUUGAAAGAAAAUGAGUUACUGAUCCAUGUUGAUUUUAGUGAGAAUUAUGAUAAUAAGCAAAAGAAUGCAAUUCAAAGUGCAUAUUUUGGAUACCAGUCAUUCAGCUUGUACACUGUUUGUGUAUAUAGGUGUGAAAAAUCUGAAAUAACUUGUGACAGUUAUGCACUUGUAAGUGGUACAACAGACCAUACUGCUAAAGUGGUAUUUGGUCUCAAUCGGUUUCUGCUCAAACAUCUUAAUGCAAAGCAAAAGUUUGACACGGUGCAUUUUUUUUCAGAUGGUGCAGCAUGUCAAUUUCGCAGCAAACAUGUAUUUGCUUUCCUUGCCCAGUAUGAUCCAGCAAUGAAAAUAAAAUGGCAUUUCUUUGAAACAAGUCAUGGCAAAGGGCCUGUAGAUGGAGUGGGGGGCACCGUCAAGUCAGUUGUUCACAGGAAAGUCAUGAGUGGCCAUGUAGUAAUCGGAUCUGCCAAGGAAUUUGCAGAAUAUGCCAAUCUAGUGAUCAAGAAUAUAGAGGUCUUGUAUGUCUCUUCAGAAAAUAUGGAAGUGGGUAUAGAGCAAAAUGCUGAACCUCCCAAAGUACCCGGGACACUGCAAGUUAGAUACAUAGAACGACAAGUGACAGAUAAUCAAGUUGUCCUUUCCUUUUAUCAGGUCAGUCCUCAGAGUGGAGAUAUAAUACCACCCUUUCGAGAAGCCUCAUACAUUGUCAAAGGAAAUAGACAAUGUCAGCCCACUUCCAUUUGUUCUCAGGAACAAAGUACCACUGACAUGACUGAUCCUGUAGCAACUGGCAUGACUUAUCCCAUGGCAAAUGACAUACAUGUAACUGAUCCUGUAGCAACCGACAUGACUGAUCCUGUAGCAACUGACAUGACUGAGCCAGUGCCCACUGACAUACAUGUAAGUGAUCCUAUAGCAACAGAUAUAGCUGAUACUGUAGCAACUGACAUGACUGAUCAAACUGAAUUAAGUUGCAUUCCAGGACAGUGGUAUGCAGCUUAUUACUCUGAAUUUAACUACUGGUUUGUUGGUCUUGUAAGAUCUGUUGAGGGAAAAUCUGUAGAGAUGGAUUUUCUGCAGCAAAAGAGAGUAGGUAUUAAUGCUUUCACCCAUGAGCAUGAAGACAUAAAAUCCCUUCCUACACAAUCUAUCUUUCACAAACUGGAAGAAGCUCCAGUUCCUGUAAGCAGAUUCAGGUACGAUGUGUUGUGUCUCAGUGAAGGAGAUUUUUCUCAAAUACAAAGGAUUUUUAUGGAUAAGUAUCACUCUUAAUAUCUUAGCAGAUGCUUAUAGAUGUAGGAUAGAUCUUGGCAAUACACACAACAUAAUUCUAUGCUAAAAAUCAUCCUCUUCAAAGUGCUCACAUACAGUAAUCAAAAGUUUCUUUAAACAUUUUUAAGCUUUAAAAAAGGGAAAAGCUAGAUUAACAGGUUGAUUGCAUACUGCGUUAUGUGCCCCCCCC